CGGUCAACUCCGUUGAAUAGGUGCCUUUCCAUUGCACAGCAAGCUUGCAUCGAACGGACGCAACGACGGUGAAAACAAAAACAACAUGGAAGCCAAUCCAGUCGCCCUCAUACUACCUUCUAUUGUUGCUCUGCUCCUUCCUUUGAGCGCUUUCAAGCUCCGUGAGAUUGUUGAGCGUCGUCAGUUCCCUGACGAGUUUCCCGAUGGUGAGCGCAUUGGCCAUCGCUUGGAGGAUAGCUGGCAGCUGGAUUCACACCCAAAGUCUCUAGUGUACUGUAUCACACCAAUUCCCCUCCCACUUUCAAAACCCUAAUCCACUGAAUGAUUGCAUCCAACUCGACACGAUCUUCUGUCAUGUACUUAGUAGAGUAUUGAUCCAUCUGGCAUAAAUAUCUUCGCUUUGGGAAUGCCUCCACACCAUCGUCGGUCUGUUUGUUCGUUCAUUCGUU